AUGUUCAAAAGACUCCAAAUCAAUAUCCCAUUUGCUGAAGCACUAGAGAAAAUGCCCCUCUAUGCCAAGUUUUUGAAGGAUUUGAUGACUAAGAAGAGAAGUUGGAGAAAUGAUGAAACUGUGCUAUUAACUGAGGAGUGUAGCACCAUCAUCCAACACAAACUACCUCAAAAAUUAAAGGACCCCGGAAGCUUCCAAAUUCCUUGUAUCAUAGGAGAAAUCACAGUGGAGAAGGCUUUAUGUGAUUUGAGAGCUAGCAUAAAUUUGAUGUCCUUAGCAAUGAUGAGAAGAAUGAAGAUUGAGGAAGCCAAACCAACAAGAAUGGCACUUCAAUUAGCAGACCGGUCAUUCAAAUUUUCUCAUGAAAUAGUAGAAGACUUGUUGGUAAAAGUGGGAGAUUUCAUCUUUUCGACUGACUUUGUGGUGUUGGAUAUGGAGGAAGAAGCCAAAGCUUCAAUCAUUUUGGGAAGGCCAUUUUUAGCAACUGCUGGAGCCAUAAUUGAUGUCCAAAAGGGUGAACUUACCCUUAGACUCCAUGAUGAGAAGAUGGUGUUCAAUGUGUUCAAGGCCAUGAGCUACCCGUAG